AGGUUCUUUCCAACUCAGGCAUGCGUGGUAGGAGCCCGAGCAGGAGAGGGGCGGGGCCACGGAGGGUGAGCUGAAAGGCCUCCUUAGGAAGGAUAAGAUGUUACAGAAAAAGCAAGUUGUGCAGACAAAUCCAGGCCCUGGGCCUCCCCUCCAAAAACAAAGCAACAAAAGUAAUAAAGCAAGAUGUGAUUAUGCUAACUCUGGCCCAGCUUACUUGUCUGAAUGCAUCUUCUGCUACGUCCCGCCUUGCAGUUUAAGAUCAUCUGGGGAGACCCUGCUCUCGCUCCCGCCAGCGUCACAAAUAUGUCUGGUGGGGAUGAGAGACAGGACCUUCUUGGCUGUAGCUCUCCACCUGUGGAACUCGCUUCCCAACGAGGAUUUGAAAUGUCUAAUACAAAAGUCCUCACAUCUAGAGCUGACUGUAUAGAGAAGCUACUGUCAGAAAGAAAAUACCAAGAUAUUGGGAUUCAUCUUACAUAUCUUGAAACGAUUGAUAUCACUAUAGAUGACUUGCAAGAGACUGAUGUGGCCAAAGCUGUGUUCAGAGUCUUCAAGAAUUGUCCCUCCGUGGUCCUGAAAAAGAAGGCAAAGCACUUGCUCUCAAAGUGGAAAGCAGUUUAUAAAAAGCAUUGCAGUCCAUCAGUACAACUUCAUUUGGGGUUAUCUGAAAAUGCAAAUGAGGAUUCAGAUCAUCUUCAAGUAGUCUCUGAAGAUAUAAACCCUUUGGGAAAAUUGAACCAGCAGGAAAAAUUGUGUCCUGCCAGUCCCAGUCUGGCAUCAGAAAGCCCUUCAAGUAAUGCUGGAAGUUGUGUGCAGAAAGAUAAUACAACGGAACCAGAUCUGGGAAACGCCAAUUCUAUUAGUGAAACAGGCCAACAGUAUAGUCCCAUUGUGGCUGUGAGGGCGAAAUGCACACAACUUCUUUAUGAAGCAUUGACUGAUUCCUCAACAAGUAAUGAAGAAAUUGCAAAGCACCACAAAACAGCUGAAGAAAUUGAACAACACAUUUUUGCACUUCAUGCUAACAAUGAUAAAAAGUACAAAAAUUGCAUCCGGAGCAAAGUUUCCAACUUGAAAAAUCCAAAAAAUUCUCACUUAAAACAUAGCCUGCAUAUUGGAGUUCUCACUCCUCAGACAUUUGCUAGUAUGUCUGCAGUGGAAAUGGCACAUGAUGAACUAAAGCAGCUUCGGGCUUCGUAUACAAAAUCAGCUGUUCAGGAACACCAGCUUCCCCAGAAGAUCAAUGGUACACUUACAAAUAAAAUAAAAUGUCGGCGCUGUGAAAAAUUUAAUUGCACUGUGACUGUGAUAGCCAGGGGAGCUCUUUUCCUUCCUGGUUGGGUACGAAGCACAGAUCCAGAUGAGCAAAUGAUGACUUACGCAAUAUGUAAUGAAUGUGGGGAGCAGUGGUACCACAGCAGGUGGAAUUGUUUAUGAUUGUAUAUCUUGUAAUGAUGAUGUCUUCAGAGAAUAAUAUAUGGAAUUAUUAAAAGGCAAUUAACUGAAUAAGAAAA